GAGAAGUUGAACUACUUCAUGCCGAGCCUGGUGGGUCCGAACCACAUCGAUGCCAUCUCCUCUCUUCGAGCACAGCUCCCCAUCCCUCAGUGGUUGCUGUCCAUCGAGCUCGUGAAGCGCUUCCUGGCCGACAUUUUCACAGCAACCCUGAGAACCAUCAAGGAGCAGGUGGCCAACGACUGGGACAACCUGCCCUUCAACGCAGACAUCGAGGCCGACCCGGCAUUCUUUGGCAAGCUGCAGGAGAUCGUUGAUGCCUCCACUGCUAAGCUGUGCCGGGAAUCAUUGUGA